ACUAAUUCAAAGCGUAUAAAAAAGAAAAGAAAAAUCAAUGGGGUGAGGAGAAGAGGUCUAGCCUGAGUUGUUUCCAACCUCUUCUUUGCAUUCCACGGUACCUUCGGUACUGGUGGUUGCCUUUCGUUGUUCUUGUUCUUGUGGUGUGGUGCAGGAACGUAUUUUUCUAGCUUCAACCAUCUCUUCCUCCUCUCCCGCAUGGGACACAGCGUCCGAGGUGAUGAUGAAUUAGGAAUGCCUAACGUGGUGGUGGCCAUUGAUAAGGAUAAGAACAGUCAGUUUGCUUUAAAAUGGGCAAUUGAAAACCUUCCCAUCUCCAACCAGUCUAUCAUCCUUCUCCAUGUGAAGGUCAAAAGUUAUCAAAGUGAUGGAAGUUCUCAUGGGAGCAACGAUUCAAACAAAGAUCCGGCUGAAUCAUCUGAAUCUCAGCAGCUUUUCCUUCCCUUUCGCGGUUUUUGUGCACGUAAAGGGUUUAUAUCAAAGGAGGUGGUCUUGGAGGAUACAGAUGUUCCCAGGACUAUUGCUGAUUACGUUGAUUCCAACUAUAUCACUUAUGUUGUAUUGGGUGCAUCUCACAGGAAUGCCAUCACAAGGAACUUUAUGAAGAAACAAGAGGUACCAAGUGCAGUCGUAAAACUUGCGCCGGAUUUCUGUAAUGUACAUGUUAUAUCAAAAUCAAAGGCAGUGACAAUCAGGUCUGCAAGUCGACCUGUACCAGUUGGAGCUCCAGCUAGAAAUCAAUCAUCUCCAAAGGUAGUUGAUGCGCUUCCACCUAAACAUCUAUCAGCGAGCGAUAACUCUGAUUCCGAGGAUUCCAACACGGAGACGUGUAACGACAAUUAUCGAACCGUUGUUAAUUCACCACGUCGCUCACAUAGAAAGAGUACAGGAUCUAGACUCCCAGGUCUGUCACGUUUUCUUGAUUGCGGAAUGUGCCGAAGCAGAUCGAUGUACGCUAGGGGACCAAGCCGAAGAGGACCAGGGCCAGUACCAGUGGAAAGAAGAGCUGGACCUAGUUUCGGUACCAAGAGCGUUGAACACCAUCUAGCACAAACGCCUCCAAGGGAUAGACUUAAACAUACCAACAAGAAUGCUCCUAUUAAAAACAACUUGGCCAAGAACCCUCAUGACCGUUUUGCCCGUAGUCCAGUAGCUGCAAAACAGCAAGAUUAUCCCUAUGAUAGUCAUAGCACCGUCAGCAGUAAUAGCAGCAACGGCAGCCCUGGAAGCAGCCAAAGACUCUCUCAAUCGGGCUACGAUUUCGUAGAUGAAAUUUCAGGAAGUUCGGAAGAAACUGCAACAGCUAAUAAAGAAAUAGAACUUGAGAUGAUGCGACUGAAAAUGGAGCUACAACAAACGAUGGACUUGUACAGUAAGGCAUGCAAAGAUGCAAUCACAGCUAAACAAACUGCUCAUGACCUGCAGAGAUGGAAGAUGCAGGAAAAUUGUAAAUAUGAGCUAGCCAAGGCAGCUCAAGAGCAGGCACUUGAACAAGCUAAGAUUGAACAGUUAAAGACCCAAGAAGCUCUUGAAGCAGCGCACAAGUCACAAAAGGUAGCGCAAAUGGAAGCUCGUAAAGCGAUGGAAGCGGAGAUCAAAUCCCACUGUGAGGCAGAAGACAAGAAUAAAGUCCCUAGUUCUUUUAAUUACUGUAGGUACAGAAGGUAUACAGUACAAGAGAUUGAAUAUGCCACUAAUAACUUCGCUGAAUCCUCAAAGAUUGGUGAAGGAGGAUAUGGACCUGUAUACAGAACCACUAUCGACCACACACCUGUUGCUGUUAAGCUUCUAAGAUCAGAUGCAGCACAAGGAAUGCAACAAUUCCAGCAAGAGGUUGAGAUAUUGAGCUGCAUUAGACAUCCAAACAUGGUAUUGUUACUAGGAGCCUGUCCAGAAAAUGGAUGCUUGGUUUAUGAAUACAUGGAUAACGGUAGCUUAGACGACAGACUAUUUCGAAGAGGAGAUACUCCACCAAUUCCAUGGAACAUAAGAUUCAAAAUAGCAGCUGAAAUUGCAACAGCACUUUUGUUUCUUCAUCAAACAAAACCAGAGCCUCUUGUACACAGGGAUCUCAAACCCGGAAAUAUACUCUUAGACAGGAAUUACACAAGUAAGAUCAGUGACGUGGGGUUGGCUAGGUUGGUGCCACCGUCAAUGGCCGAUAAUGUAACACAAUAUCGAAUGACAUCAGCAGCAGGAACAUUUUGUUAUAUUGAUCCAGAGUAUCAGCAAACAGGAAUGUUGGGAACAAAAUCAGAUGUUUACUCAUUGGGGAUCAUGUUGCUUCAAAUUAUUACAGCAAGACCCCCAAUGGGUUUAGCUCAUUAUGUUGCAAGGGCUAUAGAGAAGGGUACCUUUGUGGAUAUGUUGGAUCCCACAGUUCCAGAUUGGCCUGUCGAGGAAGCCCUUGCGUUUGCAAAAAUUGCUAUCCAGUGUGCUGAGUUGAGGAAGAAGGACAGGCCAGAUCUUGGCACUGUUAUUUUGCCAGAGAUUAACAGAUUAAAAGAACUUGGUAUGAGUGAAUCAAAUGAAGCCAGCUUCUAUGGCCACGCACCUUGGUCGUAUUCUGUACAUUCACGGCCUGUAUCAUCAGUCACAAGCCAGGCAACAACGGUCAAGAGUUACAUGCUGGGAGCCCCAUAAAGAUGGUCCUUAGAACAGGUCAAAGGCCUCGAGUAGAUUCAGGAAGGUUUGUGAGCAAAAAGCAAUUUACAGUCGGACGACGAAUGAAACAAGCAAAUGUGAAGGGAAGAUAAAUAAUAAUCAGGUUACUGUGGGUAAUGUUAAUGAAAUUAGCUGUACUUACAUUUGCAACUCGAGAUACAGAGUGAUGGAUGCCUUUUUCGUCCGGAGGUUGUUGCGUGCUACAUUCUUGAAACAGGCAAUUUUUCUGCAGUAACUUUGUUCAGACAGUGGAACAGGUUCAUCUACUUUAAAAUAUAAAUCAAUACUCAAUGAGGCUAAAAUAGGGUAGAAACAUCACUGAAACUGUAUAAUCAUCGAAGAGCCUAACCCAUUUAGUUUCCUGAAGACUUUAUACAAUGUUAAUAACUAAUAUCAAAUAAACUAAGCAUUUUGAAAUGUAACUAAGUUUACAUCUGUAAUGUUUACAAUACAUCUCAGACUACCAUUAUGUAUAUAUUAUGUAUAUUGUUGUAAUCAGAAGGCAGAAAACUGCGAAAAAUUCAUAUAUCCCAAGGGUGUGGGACCAUUAAAUAAUAAA